AUGACCGCUGUCGUGUCUCAGUUCGAACUGACGGGACUGACAGUCCAGUCUUCAGUACAGCAGGCAGACAAGACUGAGUCAGCCUGUCAUCAGCUGACCGGCCAGUGCGCCUUCAGCGCCGACCACUGUACCCGCAUGCGGGGCUGUAGUCAUGGUAACGAGUGUGCCGUGUGCAGAGCCUACUUCGGCAGCUGCCAGUACAGCAGUAACGUGUGCAAAAACUCCAACACAUCAGGUCUGACCGAGAUCGCCACCCUGGCCGUCCGGCUGCAGUUCUCCCGCCGUCUGCAUCGUCACGUGUUCAUGACCUUCCUGCCCACUACGUCAGUCGUGAUGACGUCAUGGCUCUGCUUCUGGCUCCACCCCAAGGAGGUCAAUGCGAGGGUCCAACUGGGGGUUAGCACGCUCCUGUCUCUGGUCAUCAAGAGCAGCAAGGACAGAAACCCCCAGACAAGCCUGGUGCGAGCCUAUGACGUGUGGAUGGAUGGCUGUCUUGUCAUGGCCAUGCUUGCCUUGCUGGAGACGGUUCUGGUUAACUACAUCUCCGCAGGAGGGAAGCUGCCAGCAGGACGUUCCCGUUGGUGUCCUGCCUGGGUAGAACCUCUGACCAGACCGUCCACAGCUUGGGUUGAAGAGGAGGAGAACAAUCUGCACUCUGCAGAGAGAAUGGCAGCCAGGGUGGACUUCUUCGCUAGGAUAGUUUUUCCUGUCAUGUUUGUGGCGUUUGUGAUUGGCUUCUUUACUUAUUAUGGAUGA